AUGAAACCAGAAACUUUAGUAAAAAGAAUAAUAGAAGCUAUCGAAACGGAAUCACCAACUACAAUAACUUACAAUGGUAAAAGGAUUAAAAUAUCUAAAAAAAUUAUCGAUAAAUAUAAACAUUGUAAAGUUAGAGAUGAUAUAGAUUUGGAAAGAAUUGACAAGAGUGUAAAGGAAGGUGGAUCUUUACCUUUCCUACCUUUAAUAUUUGCUGGCCUGGCCGCUGCAGAGGCGACAGCUGGUAGGGCGGCUGGGAUAACGCAAGCCAUCAACGCCAAGAACGCAGCUGAUGCUGAAAAAAGUGAAAAACGUAGAUAUAAAACUGUUAAAGAGGGAUUAAGUAAUCUAAUAGAUAAAAUCGACACUGGAGAAACGAAGGUCAAACAUAAGGGUAAUGCUAUAUUUUUGUAA